AGAGCGGAUCUGCUGUGCUUGAUCAACACAUACAGUGAACAGAUUUAACGAUACCGCACUUUUGACUCGGCAGCAACUCCGUUGUGCCAGUUGACAAAGUGACUUGAUCGCGAGAGCGCCGAAGAGUGAUUUCAUUCGGGCACAAUCUAUUGCGCCCUCUUUAGUGCACAAUUUAGACCCCUUCUUAAUAUGCUGAGAAUGGACGAGUCUGGGGUGGAUUUAAACUACGAUUUUGAUUUCGAUUGCAGUGUUUUCGAGGAUGACUCGAGCCUUUCCAUGUUGCUCAGGCCGAGCGGAUUCUACGAGCUUAAGUCGAAGACUGUUCCGCCAGCCGAUCAAUCCCCCACUUUUAAGACGGCAACGCUUACUUCACGCACGAACUUGCGACAGCAGCUACAACGUGAACAACAGCAUGAUAUUGAACGUCGUGAAGCUGAACGGCGACUGGUUACUUCAACGCAGACAUCAGCUCCACAAACCACUACUUCCAGUGUAAAAGUAACGCUGCAAAGCGUUGACGUUCCACCGCAGGUACUGAAGGUUCAAACGGCGCUAGAGAAUCCAACGCGUUAUCAUGUGAUCCAAAAACAGAAAAACCAAGUCCGAAAGUAUCUGAACGACUCUUUUCAUAAUUCUUCCACUUGGGCCAACGAGUGCGGUAACGCUUUCAAAUAUCACCCUAAAGAUUUCGGGGAUUUUGCUCAGCGCGCUACAUAUCCGCAACUGGGUGUUCAACCACCACCAGUGCCGCAUUCGCACAGCUCUCGGGCAACCGUAAUAUCAACUGCUAGUCCAGACAACGCUAUUUCGCCCAGCAUCAGCUCCGUAGCUACCAGCACUACAUCUGGCGAGGCUGACGAAUUAAUAGAUGAAUUUUUAUACUACGACCCACAAUUCAGCAGAAACCCUUUCAAAGCAGAAAAAGGCACUUCAGAGGCAGCCAUAAAGCAGGAACCAACACAGCUUACUGAACAGGAAAAGAAAGAUCGUAUGAAAAAGGAUAAUCACAACCAAAUUGAACGUCGCAGGCGCUUUAAUAUCAACGAUCGCAUAAAAGAAUUAGGUUCAUUGUUGCCUAAAAAUCCCGACCCUUUUCAUGAGGUUGUGCGAGACACACGUCCAAACAAAGGUACCAUCCUCAAGUCUUCAGUGGAGUACAUCAAAUGUCUUAAACAGGAAGUAACAAGGCUUCGUGCAAAUGAGAUGCGAAGCCAAGAAAUGGAGAAGGUUAACACUCGACUGCUUAGUCGCAUUAAAGAACUAGAACUCCAGAUAGUUCGAUCACAGCGCGGCAGCAUCAGUUAUCAAAUGCCAUUGCAAGAGUCAUUUACUAUGAGUGAAACAACACAUCUAGAGGAAACGUCAAUGCUUUUGGACGAGGAUAGAGCUAGUCCUGCUUUUCCGGCUACACAAACAAAUUACCAACUACCUGAUAUAAGUGACAUCAGCCUGAGUCAACUGGAGAAAUUAAUGGAUGACGAUCAUCAAGAUCCUAUGCUCUCCACCCUCUUGUCUCCACACAAAAAACCUGCUCUUACCGGUGACCCCAUGCUUUCAUCAAGCCGAAGUGUUGAGAUAGGUUAUAUAGACCCUAUUUUAUCCUCUCAUACGUUGCUCGCCUCUCCUGAAUGCGAUAACGACAUGGACCUCAGCGCUUAAAUCCCGCUGGUCAUAAUUUUUUUUUAACCAUUCCACUGAAUAGUGUUUGCAAUACCAAAAAGCGUAAAAAUCUGCCCAGUCUUGUAGGCAUACAGACAUAAUACGCAAAUAGAUUUCAAAGGCUAAAGUAAAAUAGACAUGAACAGUCUAGAUAGAGUAUUUUAUUAAGUCGUCUUGCUCAUGAGAUUCAAAAAUUGUAAAUAAAAUAUUUGAAUUCUGAGAUGUGUUUGGAAUGUAAAUAUAAGUAAUAUCACUCAUAAAAAUUGCUUAGUAAAAAAUUAUUAUACUUUCUAAUAAUUUUAAUUUUUUUCCUACUCACCAAAAAUUUUUCCAAAAUAAAAUCUGUAUUUUUGAUCAUUAGGACAUCUAAUUAAUAUAUUGUAAUGUGCAAUGCGAUAAAUUCACAGUCAACUAUGUUAUCACGCAGCAAAAUGAACUUUUUAGUCUCAAUACAUUAAAUGCAAAGCGAUAAACAAAAUAAUUUAUAUACCCUGUACAUGUCUUUUUAACUAGUGCCGUUAAGAUAACAGAGGAUCAGAAUAAAACAAGUUGAAAUAUACUUGAUCCCAAAAUUGUGUAUCUAGACUGUAGUUGUUUUUCUUCGUAAUUAACAUUGUAAAUGUAAAUGCGACUGCUAACAAAUGUAGGAAAGUAAAUUAAUGUACAUAAUAAAGUAAUGUUGACCAUUGCAUAUAUUCGAAGAGCAUCCAGAA